UCCUCUAAAUACACUGCAGUCAAGGAUGAAGGAACCGGUCAGGCGAAGCUAAAACAAGAGAAAAUUGUUCUCCACGACUUGCUCACAGUUUGACAGCCUCUAUCUAACUAAGGAGGCAGAAAGUCGAGUGGCGUCCGAACUGAGAGGCGCGCAGGUUCGAUGCCAGUGUAGCACAAAAAUUCCCUCAGCGACAACACUCACAUCUCAAUGGAAAGGGUUUGGGGAAAGUGCGCCCCUAACACAUUACUCCCUAACGAACUCAAAAGGUCAUGGUACGACCUUUACCUUUACCCAUGACAGCGCCUUGAGAAACGAGGAAGAGACUGAGUGACAUGUCGAGCGGUACACCUGCAAGAGUCAAGCGAGGAAACGACCGGUGAGCGUGCACUGAGAUAUGACGGCCCGACAGUAACGGGACUCCCUGCAGGCUGCCAAACAUUUCAAAGCCGCCGAUCGCUGCCUCCAUUGGGCAAGAUUUUGUCGCAAGCCACCUGACUGCUGUUCUCUUUGUUUCUUUGCUAUGAGGCCUGUGUAGAACCCCCAGCUGUGUUCAGACUCGGUGUAGCUGGCGCCCUAUCAGCUGAGGGUCGUCAUCACUGGAACAGUUUGUUGUCCAGUCAGCUAUGACGACCGACUGCAGUGUCAUCUUCAUACUGCUGUUACACCUUCCAGGUGUCAUCAGCCAGAGUACGACGCUGCUAAACCCUGAAUUGUCGCCUCAAAAUGGAUUUUUCAACAAUCCCCUGCAGCCAGACCUGGGCUCUGCUGGCGCCCGUAUGAUGCGCCGGAGCCCCGCCCGCUACAGUGACGGCAUCUACGAGAUGGCGGGGCGACACAGACCCAACCCCCUGGACAUCUCACAGCACGUGCACAGCGGACCAGCAGGGACAUCGUCUGCCUUCAACCGCAACGCCAUGUCUGUCUUCUUUGGGCAACUGGUUCUGGAUGAAAUACUGUCCACUGGUCAGCGCGGCUGUCCCCCGGAGUACGAGAAUCUGCCUAUUCCCUCUGACCACCCGCUGGCUAAUCACACGGACAGACCGAUGAUGUACCAGCGCAGCGACUACGACCACACUACCGGCAACAACAACCCCCGACAACAGACCAAUGGCGUCACAGCUUUUGUGGAUGGCGGAGUGAUAUACGGAAAUGCAAAACUUUGGACCGAUCAACUGCGAAACUCCGCUGGAAAUAACGGCAUGCUUCUGGUCAACGGUUCCGACAUCUUGUCCAGCUUUCCUGAAACCAACCACAAGCAGCUGCCUCUUAGCAACCAGCCUCCUCCACGUGACCACUCGCUGAAGUCUGCGACACGAUUGUUUGCCAUCGGCAACGCCAAGGGACACGAGACGCCGCAGCUUCUGGCGCUGCAGGUAGUCUGGCACCGCUACCACAACGCCAUCGCACAGGACAUCAAAGACAGCGUCAACGGCAGCAACGUUACCGACGACCAGAUCUUCAACACAGCUCGGAAGCGCGUUAUCGCUCACUUCCAGAAAAUAGUCAUGGAGGAGUGGUUACCUGCCUUUUUGAACGGAAAUGAGACAGAAGCUGCUGUCCUGGAAAAUUAUUCAGGUUACCAUCGGGAAGUGAGGCCAGAUAUCACGCAGGAGUUCAGGACAGCCAUGAACUUCCGGUAUUCGCUGAUGCCAAGCGCUGUGUGGACUCUAGGCAGGUCUUCAGGCAACCUGACCAAGACGUUCACAAGAGGCAGAGGGCCGGACAACGAGCCUCGUAAUGUUACCUCCCUUAGGCUCUGCAACCAAUUCUGGGACUCACAGGAUGUCGUGCGAAAUAACUUGGACGAAAUUCUCCGUGGAAUGCUCUUCACGUAUUCUGAACGAGAGGACCCCAUCAUCAGCCCGGAUCUCAGAGCCUCAUUCUACGGUUCGUACGAGUUCACGCGGCAAGAUGUGGUUGGCCUGGAGAUUCAGCGAGACAGGGAUCAUGGGAUAGCUGACCUCAACACGGUGUUGCAGGCCUACGGUCUACCAGCCAUCACUUCUUGGAAUCAGCUCCAGCAAGCCCAGGAUCUACAACGACUUUACGGCAACAGCACCGCGCCUACUGACCUUGACCUCUUCACCGGCGGCCUGCUGACCAGGUCAACAGACUACGUCCACGGCAUGCCCCGCAUCUUCAGGGAGAUCAUUGUGGAUCAGUUCAGGCGGCUGAGAUCUGCCGACCGCUUCUGGUACCUGAACCAUCUCAACAAUUCCCAAAUGUUUACACCAGACGAGGUCAGCGAGAUCAAUCAAAUCACGUUCAAGGACGUGCUCAGAAAAACGACAUCACUCAGUGACAGUGACCUCUCCACAGUCUUCUUGUGUACAGGCCAGUCGUGCCUUGCACCACCAAGUCUGAACGACAGCGACCCUGAAGUAGAUGUUUGCACUCCUCUGAAAACUUACGACUACUUCAUCGGUAGCGAGGCCUCUUUUGCCCUGUCGUGGAUUGCCCUGGCUCUUGUUGUACCUGCGUCUGUGGCCAUGCUGCUGAUGCUGGCGAGACAGAGAGGGAAGUCGCGCCGCCUGAAGGCCGUUAAGGCCCUCCGCCAGUACCGCCAGAGGAACCCCAACAAGUUUAAAGGGUCUCAUUAUGGGGCACUGACCUCGUGCUGUUGCUAUGCAGCUCGGGAGUGGCAGGGGCCUGCAUCAGGGGAGCGCAAUGUGACGGCGGAGUUCCAUCCAGUGCGCAAGAAGCUGGUGGUGCGUGACGGCGUGGGCAAGGAGCUGCGCUUCAUCGACCUUCGGCGCACGCAGACGGCGGAGAUACGCAGGCCCGCCUCCAACCUCAACACUGUCGUGUCCGUCAGAAUCGACGGCGAGGUGGACUUGAUACUGAAAUUCUUGGAACCUGAAGAAUGUCAGAUGUUUUAUGAGAAGCUGGUGCAGUUUCUUAACACACUGAACAUCACAAUAGGCACCUUUUACGAGACAGAAGAAGAAAUCAAGAGAGAGUCUGUAAACAGAGAUGACCGCCAGUCUGUGCUCGACGACUUCUUCCGCGCUGCCUGUCUCCAGGCGUGGCCUAGUGAUGCAAUACCUUUCUCGGAGAUCGGGCGGCGGCGGCGGGACGAUGUGCUGCGGCUUCGCUUGACGAGGACAGAGUUUGCCGAGGCGCUGGGUAUGACGCCCUCCUCCAUCUUUGUGCGCAACGUCUUCGUCUUGGGCGAUGCCGACGACGAUGGCUUCAUUACAUUCGACGAAUUCCUGGCUCUCUUUGCAGUGUUUAUAAAAGGAACUGCAGAAGAGAAGGCGCAGCUGAUGUUUAACGUCUAUGAUGUGAGACAGAAGGGUGAGCUUACAAGGGACGAUUUCUAUCGCAUGAUCAGGUCUCUGAUGGAGCUGUCAGAAACACAGGCCGUCCCGCAGGACGAGAACGAAGUGAAGAAGCUUGUAAACAUCAUGUUUGCUCAGGCAGGCCUCAUGAACGAGGACGUGAUGACCUUCCAACACUUCAGGAGAGUUUCGUGUCUAGCGAGUACGCCUCCAUCAUGCAGUCGGCAACUCUCUCUAAUACAGAUUGUUGUGGGGAAUAAUUCCUGCAUGUUUUCAGGCACAGCCGUGCAGCAUGGAACCCGAGUGAGGCCGCGGGACAUCGGGAGACGGAAGCACGAAUUUGUUGAAAGCUACAGGAACCAGAGUCAGGAACCUGUGCACCGUCGUUCCUACAUCCGGGUGUCCGGGUAUGAGCCGAGACCAGAGGUUGAGAGACUACGUGAGGGGGAGGGAGCAGGCGGGUUACGCCGCAUGUCUGGUCCGUGGACUUCGGUGAUGACGCGGGGUUCAGCCAGUGUCAUCAUGUUCACCUUCGCCAGCCUCCUCCUCACCAUGUGCCGCAACAUCAUCACCAAACUGCGCGAGACAUUCCUCCACCGUUACAUCCCCUUCGACUCGGCCGUCACCUUCCACAAGUACAUCGCCGUGUUGGCCCUCAUCGCCACAGUAAUCCAUAUCGUCGGUCACGCGCUUAACCUGUACUGCAUGUGCACCCAGUCUACCACCAACCUCAACUGCUUUUUUCGCGAAUUCUACACAGCGUCCGACAAGGUGGCGACGUUCCAUUACUGGGCCUUCCAGACCAUCACGGGACUGACGGGGGUUGUAGUGACUGUCGUCCUGUUCGUGAUGUACGUCUUCUCCGUGCAGUGGGCACGCCGCAACAUCUUCCGCGCCUUCUGGGUGACUCACAUGCUGUACCCGCUGGUGUACCUGCUGACCCUGCUGCAUGGCCUGGGCUGCCUGGUGCAGGACCCGCUGUUCGCCUGGUACCUGCUGGGCCCGCUUGUCCUCUUCGUGCUGGACCGCCUGGCCAGCGUCAGUAGGAACAAGAUUGAGAUCCCCGUGCUGAAGGCAGAGCUGCUACCCUCGGAUGUACUGAAGCUGGAGUUCAAGCGGCCCUCCAACUUUGCCUACAAGUCGGGUCAAUGGGUGCGCAUCGCCUGCCUGAAGCUGGGCAAAGGAGAGUAUCACCCGUUCACCUUGACCUCGGCUCCCCAUCAGCGGAACCUGACCCUGUACAUCCGGGCAGUGGGGCCAUGGACCAUCAACCUCAGGAGCGUCUAUGACAAGAACCUGCUUGGAGGAGAUCCGUAUCCCAAGCUUUAUCUCGACGGGCCGUUUGGAGAAGGACACCAGGACUGGUACACUUUUGAAGUUUCUGUACUGGUGGGAGGAGGCAUAGGUGUUACACCGUUUGCCUCCAUCUUGAAGGAUAUAGCCUUCAAAUCACGCACAGGUGCGUCCAUCAGCUGCCAAAAGGUCUACUUCAUGUGGGUGACGCGGACUCAGAAGAGUUUUGAGUGGAUGACGGAUGUGAUCCGUGAGGUGGAGGCCACGGACUCGCGCCAGGUGGUGGACGUACAUAUCUUUAUUACACAGUUCCAGCAAAAGUACGAUCUGCGUACUAGUAUGUUGUAUAUUUGCGAGCGCCGCUUUCAGAAGGUGGAGGGACGAAGUUUGUUCACUGGUCUGCGUGCCAUAACUCAUUUCGGACGUCCCAACUUCUUGGAGUUCUUCACGUGCCUGGGGAUGGAGCAUCCCGGGGUGACAAGGGUGGGGGUGUUCAGCUGUGGUCCUGGGCCCCUGACAGCGACUGUGCAAGCCGCCUGCAGCUCCAUGAACAGAAGGGAAGGAGCCACGUUCAGUCACCACUACGAGAACUUCUAGAAGCUGAGCCCUACAGCAUCAACCUGCCGGACCAGGACUCACUUGUGCACUUGGCACCGUCACUGCCACAUACAUCUUCGUCUGCACCACGACUGAAUCGAGAUGACUUCUUUAGAUCAUGACAUCAGCGAGCCCUUGCCCUAUGCUGGUCUUCUCGCUGGCCACCGAUUUCUAUCAAAUUCCCAUCAAGAUAUCAGAAAGAAGCAUGUCUAAAAUCAAGCCAUCUCCUACCAGAAUGCAUCGUGAACACACCAGUGUGCUCAUCAGUCACAUCGAUCAUAGCAAUGAGCGGUCAAGAUGCUUGUCUAAAGCUGUAAUUCUGCAGUUGACCAAAGAGAAUGCAGGAGACCAACUGGAGUUGCGAUAUCAUGUUAGUACUAGUUGUAUCAUCUUUAAAGAAGUUUGUGGAGAACUUUUUAGGCAAAGCUUAAGCAUCUUGCUAGUAGUUAACACUUAUUGUCGUGACAAAACAUCAUCACAUUCUGCACACAAUGUCUUUAUUGACUUCAUCCACAAUUAUAUAAAUUCAUUCAUUUCUUUACUCUGAACUACAGAAAGAUUCUAAGGUGCAUCUUCGCAAAACAUGCUUAUUUUCUACAUCAGAUCUUAAAAAACAACCUACUAUCAUCAUUAACAUUUAUUAGUUUAUGGUCUUGCCAUGGUUUACCACCUCAUUGUCUGGUCACAAAUAUCUUGUGUCUAAGGUGUUUGUAUUUGUUCAUCUUCAAAGGAUAAAUCGCUUUCUAUACAAUUUUUUUCACCCCAAGGAAAAUGACAAUACGCUGGCGUAGGAACGUGACACCUACAUGCAAUGCAUGUGUUUUGUCAAUGUGUGUAUAUGUACCUCAUCUAUGUCUCUCACAAUAAUCCCAUUAUUAUUAUUACUACAGUAACUGUUAUCAUCAAAUACAAAUGAGUCAGAUGAGUGGCUAGAUUCAAAUUGCUGUAUAGGUUAUUACAUUCAAAUUACUAUGGCUUGGAGAUAGCGGACACCCAACUGUUUUCCGCUGUCUACCAUGACUCUCAUGCAUUUAUUUGCAGAGCCACUUGACAAACUGUACAUCAAAAUUUCGUUCAAUAACUCAAGCUGCUUUAAAACCUGCUUAUGAUUUUAGACAGUAGCCCAUAUUCUUUCUUCAGUUUGAAAAGAAUGCAGAUUUUUGUUAUGGAUGACAGGGGAAAUGUAUGAAUCAUGUCUUUUUGAUAUUUAAAAGAAAAUUAAGAAUUGUGAAAAUAUACUGAAAAUAAUAGAAAAGGCAAACAAACAGCAAUCGUGAAAAUUUAGAAAUUUUCAAGAUUAAAACUGCUGUAAAAAUA